GCAAAGUCUGUCUCGAUCGCCAUUUAAAUCACUUUGAUAAAGUGAGAGGAAAAAGCUGAAAAAAGUGAACCACCCAGAUGCUUCUUUCUCGCGACAGGUUUUUUUGUCUUUUUAAUGAAGCUAAAGAAGAAUGAAGGGCGAAUAGAGAAGAGAAGAGAAGGUUCGAACCUUUGUUGCGGCUGGAAGAACGUGACGCAAGUCCUCCGCAUGCUGACGUGAGUUGAAACAAUGAAUUAAUGUUGAGUUUCCAAAUAGAGAAGGUGCUGUCGUAAGCAGGGCCUAAAAAUAACAUCACUUUCCUUCUGAACACGACAAUUAGAUAUCUAACUAUUAAGCGCUAGAUUGCGUGGGAAUAGCCAAGUGGUUAAAUUAUGCAGAUAAUGCUGCUGACUAAGGCCGGGCAGUCACUUGCUGAGUUUCAUAAAUACAAGACCACAUCCAUUGCGGCCAGUAGUACGAUUCCGAUCAGCUGACAAGCACAUCAUAUGGAUAACUGUGCGUGUGGUAACGUCUCGCCGGACAAGAGAGUCCAAUGGGCAGAUAACUUAGAAGAAGUGCGGUAUUUUGUGCCUCCAAACCGACUACGAAAGAGUUUCAAAAAGAAAAUGACCAAGAUUAGGCGAAAGGCUAGCGAAAUCACGGACAAACCGCUUCGAAUUAUUACCAGCAUGGGAGAACUAAGCGCGAAUGCGGUUCAAAAUGGACUUGAAUUCAUUCUCAGGCAUGGACAAAGUGGUUCGUUCGACGCGGACCGAGUCACAUAUGAGGACUUAAUCAAAGAGUGGGACAAACUCUUUGACAUAAACGCUGUUGGCAGCGAAGAGUCGACCGACGAGGAAGAUGAGGAGAAAGUGAAGUAACUUUUAAAAUGACACUGCGUUUAGAACGCCGCUUUUUCGCUUUUCGCGCGGGAAUACAGUGUGACAAACACAGUCGACGCGAUUUAAUUCUCAUUGCACCCCAGGAACCAAAUCUUUAAACCUGUCGAUGAAAACCGACCCGAAGAAGGGACAAAAAAAAAGACAUUGUAAGACCCAACUACACGGCAAGAACAAAGGUUGAACAGUAAAUGAGAAAUUUUAUACGAAGCAUAACUAUAUUUAAGAUAAACAGGAGCGCAUAGCAAAAUUUCGCAGCAAGUGACUAUUGCUGUUAUUUAUAAUACAAACCGAUUUUUUCCGCUAAAAUUUCUACGAAAGAAAAUUUUCAAGCCAGCUAUUCGAUUCACGAGGAUGUGAUCAGUUAGUUGUCUUAGCUUACAGCGACAAAUACAAUAUUUUAAUAUUUAAGAAAUAAGAAGUUGAAAUUGUGUAAAUUCGUAUUUUUUGACAACAAUAUUUUUGACUAUUGUGAACAAUUAUGUUUAUUUUUAAUACGAGGAUGUAAGAAAUAGCUUAUACAUAUCAGCGAUAUGGCCUAUACUUGAGUCAUAGAUCCUAGUGCUGCCAAAUUAACAAUAACAGUAACUUAUUCAACUAUCGAUUUUCGCUCAGAAAAAAAGUGUCCGCUUUUACAAGCGAAUUUAAAUAAAAAAAUUCUAAAAUACAA